GUAAAAUGUAAAUGAAACGUGAAUUACUAUUAUGUUUAAUGUUUAUUAUUACUAGCUAUGAAUUGAAAAUUAAAAGCAAAAUGGGUAUUUAAUGUGUAAUAAUUUAUGAAAUACGUACAAAAAUGAAUUCUGUUUUCGCCGGAUUUAGUGAAGCAGACUUACAAAGGAUAAAAUCUGAAGAAGUGGCUGUAGUCAACGGUGCAGAUACUUAUAAACAAGUUCUAAAGCUAGAAAAACUAGAUUUUAAAUCUAAAAAAAAAAACCAGUACCAAUCUCUACCCCCUAAACAAAAUUCUGAUGUAAUGCACAAUUCUUUUGAGAAAUGCAUGCCACCGAUGUCUAAAGAUAUUGCAAAUAGCAAUCUAGGUUUACAUUUACAAAACAAGUCUAAUGAUGAUGGUGGGAGUAGAGAAGAGAAGGAUAGUUCAACAAAUAUAACACCAGAUGUCAUCAAAUUUAUGGAAAAUUAUACAGAAGAUAAGGAAGGGCCUCAUAAAGUAAAGUUAGAAGAGUUGCAAAUUAGACAGAAAUUAAUGGAGGAGCAAAAUAAGAAGAGAAAAGAAAUGCUAUCAAAAGCACUUGCUGAUAGGACGAAACAAACUGAAGAAGAAGUACAAAAACUAGAGAAAAUAAAAAAAGAACUACAAUUUCUAGAUGGGCAGUUCUCUCAAGAUGUUGCCGUGUUAAGAAAGAAAAUAGACCAGGCCUGUGUCCACUAUUCUGAAGUAGAAAAACAAUAUUUGAAAGUGGAAAAGGAAUUCCUUCAAGCGAAAAUAAAUCUUCAGAAAGAGAGAGAAAAGAAAGAACUACUCACAGAGCAUUUAUGUGCAUUGAUAACACACAAUGAAACAAGGAAAGCGCAGAAGUUGGAAACUCUGAUGCUUGAGCUGGCCAAUGAUCGGAAGAAAGAUAGCAUAGAGCUUCCAUCAGACGGUGAUGAGACGCCGGUGAUAAUAGAUGGUGUUGAUGAGAAGACUGGUAAAAUGGUUGAGAUUGGUCCAAAUGUGUCAUGAUGUUUGGUGCAAUAUUUAUUUUAAUAAAAGUAUUUUAAUAUAAUAUAUUAUAAUGGGGUUGUAAGAUAAACUUAACAAUUUAAAAGUUUUAACUAGGUUUAAUUGUUUUGGGGAGCAGAUACUUAUAGUAUUCCACCAAGACAAGAUUAUCAUAAUAUAUAUUAUACGUAGGAUAUAAGUACCUAGUUUCACAAUGACUUAUAAAUAUAUAUAUUUCAUUUUUUUAUGUAAUAAGAUAGGAAAUAUUAAAUAUACCUACUGCCUUGAUAAUUAUUUUUAGAAUAUAUAAGUUAAUAAUUAUGUGUCAAAACCUGCCAUCGAAAAUAAGUUUUAAGAAGACUGGAAGCUAAAUAAUUAAUAAAAUAUUUAUUUUAUAUAUAAAUAAAUAUUUAUUACAUAAUAUUAAUAGAAUUAAAUUGACGAUAAUAUAAAUUGAUAUAUCACUAUGUAUGUAACAAAAUUUCAUGUAAAUAUUGUAUAACAAUAAGGUUAAAAAUAAAAUUGCAUUCAUAUUUCAAUGUCUAUCAAUGAAAUAAAAAACAAAAGUGAAUAACUUAUUUAUGUAUUUUAAAACAAUUUAAUACUGCCAUUUAUAAUACUUAUUACAAAAUAUUAUAUUCACUAUUAUAUAUUAUACAGUGCCAAAAUGUUUCGAUUACUUAUUCUAACUAUUCUACAUAUUUUAAAUAUUACGAUUUAUUACAGCUGUGUAAUGAUAUGUGUAUAUCUUAGAUCAUUUAUACGUCUAGAUACACUAUGACAACUGUGAAAAGGUCGAAAAAAGACGAGUUCAGAGUUGACCUCUAUUUUGAGCCAUUCACGCACAUUAACACAAUGUGUGAUACAUACGCGCGUAUAAGACGUAGCUUGUCACGCACACAAAAGUAUUAAAUCUGGCCUGUUUUUAUUGGUUGACGUAUAAAUUAUCUUUGGUGUAUAUCAUAAUAAUUAUUGUAAACAUUUUGCUCAAGACGUAUCACCAUGACACAUUGAUUCAGUCACAAUAAGUGCAUUUACUAUUGAUAUUGGCAAACAAUUUGUUAUAUUUGAUAGUACAACACUAUGUAUAGAAAAUAAAUUUAAGUGCCUUGUGUAUCGUAAAAUUCUUAAAAAAAAAAUUCCCAUAUAAUUGCUGUAACCACAGAGCUGUGUCAGACAAGUUUGUUACUGUUUUCUACUCAAUGAUGUUACGACAGCCCUAAUGAGAAUAGUGGUGUUUCGCGAUGAGUGAAUGUAUCGAUAGUCUACUUUCAUUGCGCGUUUUAUAAAACAAGCGCUACAACUUUGCUACUAAAAUCAGCGAUGUAUGUAUCGUAAUGUACGUAAUUAUGAAGUACUAAGCAAUUUUUAUUGCAAAACAACAAAUAAAUUAAAUAUUUUUUAAUAAAUUAACGACAAUUUAAGAACAAAUAAAGGAAUAAUGUCUAUUGUUUCGGUGAAGUUUUCUGAUUCGUAUGGCACAAUAAGCCAUUUUAGAUUUAGGAUAACUGGGCACUAAACGAAACAUCGUUAAAAGCAUUGCCCUCCCCUUUGGCACAUGGCGUGAGUGUAGGUAAACUUAUAUUCUCACGCAGGUCUGUGGCUAUAAAAUUAGGUCAUACAGCAAUUUUUAAAUGAUAGAAAUAAAUUUUCCUAGAAUUGUUUUAUGUUGUCUUAAUAAUAAAUAAAUUUCAUAGUAUUCUAGCAGGUAUAGUAAGAAUGUUAUAAUAUAUCUAUAAUUAGUAAUAAUUUUUGUGUCAAGCACAAUAAAACAUUAAAAUUGUCUUUAAAGUCAGAAUAAAAUAUAAUUAUUGUUAUUAUGAAAAAAAAAUAAAUAUUUUAUUACUAACAAAUUAAUAAAACGAGAAACAUUACUAAUA